CACUUUUGAGUGGCGACGGUACUUUUAAUGUACUGAAGGGUGAAGCUAACUGGAGGUAGCUUUAGCAUGCUAGCGGACUCCACACAGGUGUUGCCAGAUUGGGCCAGAUUUCCCGCCGAAUAUGGAGACCCUGGGUCCAGCGCGCGGCAGCCAGGGUUGCCAGAUUCGGCGUGAAAUCUGGCCCAAUCUGGCAACACUGACAGUACAGUGGUCUGCGCGGAGUCGGGCUGUGCAAACACCGGUAUCCGGACUCUCGGCUUAGAUCAGUGAUUCCCGUUCAAUAAGUUGAAACCCAUUUCGACAGGUGGUGGUUGGGUUGUUGGACCGGACCCUCGGAGGUGAGAUGAUGUCGCGGCGGCGGACGGACGGCCGCGGCGGGCCGGCGGCAGCGGGGUUGCUGAGCUCUGUCCUCACGACCAUCAGCACGGAGCCCAUGGAGGCCGGCUACGAGUUCACCGGGGAGCUGGGACGGGGGAAGUUUGCGGUGGUGCGGCGGUGCGUGGAGAAGGCAACGGGCAAAGUGUUCGCCGCCAAGUUCUUGAAGAAGCGUCGGCGGGGGCGCGACUGUCGCGCCGACGUCCUGCACGAGAUGGCGGUCCUGGAACUGGCGCGGGACAACCCCCGCGUGGUCAACCUGCAUGCUGCCCAUGAGACGGACCACGACAUCAUCCUGGUGCUGGAGUAUGCGGCCGGAGGGGAGAUUUUCGACCACUGUGUGUCUGACGAGCUGCUCCCCGAGGCCCAGGUCACGCGGCUGAUCCGACAGAUGCUGGAGGGAGUGCAGCACCUCCACAGCAGCAACCUGGUGCACCUUGACCUCAAGCCUCAGAACAUCCUCCUGACCCAGCAGUCCCCUCCAGGGGACAUCAAGAUCGUAGACUUCGGUCUGUCUCGUAGGCUGGGCACCGCAGGCGAGCUCAGGGAGAUUCUUGGCACACCUGAAUACGUGGCGCCAGAAAUUCUAAAUUAUGAGCCAAUCUCAACUGCGAGUGACCUGUGGAGCGUGGGGGUGAUCUCCUACAUGCUGGUGACGGGCGAGUCUCCCUUUGUGGGCGAGGACAAGCAGGAGACGUACCUGAACGUGUCCCAGGUCAACGUGGACUACAGCGGGGAGGCCUUCUCCCGCGUGUCAGAGCUAGCUGUGGACUUCGUCCGCAAGCUGCUAGUCAAGGCCCCCGAGGACCGGCCCAGCGCUGCAGAGUGCAUCAGCCACCCGUGGCUGUCUCAGCCCCCCCAGCCCUGCCUCAGCCCCGAGCUGGCCCCCGCCCGCCUCGGGCCCCGGGAGCGCUGCAGCGGCUCCAAGUGGGCCGCGCCCCCGGAGGACCCUGAGGACAAGGAGAACUUCCUGGACUCGCCGCGCGCCAGUGCCAAGCGCUUCCGCUUCGACGAGGAGGCGGCGGCGGCCGGGGACGGGGACUUCUAACGCGGCAGGGGGUAGCGCUUCAGGGCCGUCCACGCGGGGUGUAUAAUGUUUUAUGUGACUAAAAACCGCCGCCAGGUCUACUCCGCUCCACCCCCCCUCGUCUCUACCCACCAGCACUUACCCCACAGGCCCCCCUCACACCAAAGAUAACCAGCGCUGACCUGUCAUCAGCCAUCCUCCUCUCUAAAUCCACAGUCCGUGUGUGUGUGUUGAAUAAUAUAAAGGUAUCGAUCUAAAACUGGUAACACGGUUCAUAUAGUUUGCUGGCAUUGGGUUUUCUUGGUGUCCUUUUAUCGUAAUGUGUCUGGGUGGGGCGCCUCAAGGGACAUCUAGGCAGUGCUCUUCUUCCAGAGGCUUAAGCAGGACUCAAAGACCUCCCAGACGCUGGGUGUCCCUCCCCGCCCGAGGCCCUGAGGUAACUCCAGUGUCGUUGUCAGGGUUUGGUUGUCUUGCACGAGUCCUGAGGUAAUGCACUUGUUUUGCAUGCCACCAUAGCGUGCAAACAAACAGCACGUUUCUUUUACCGUGUCCUUUCCACUUAAUGCGGGUCGACUCUUGCUCGACUUUCUUUCUUGAAUAUGAGGGAUACCUAUUGUCCUAAAUUCAUUUGUUUUAUCUCAAUCCGCCUUUUUUGUCAGUUUUUUUUCCAUAUUAAAUGACCAAACUCGAUUGAGCAUUUCAGCGCUCUUCGUCAUCCACUUCCCUCUGGGUUCCUGCGUCUAACGAUGACUGUAUUGUUUCCCUGGUGCCACAGGGCAGGAUGGCACGCUCUGCAUGAUGCAUUCCUUCCCUGUGUACCUACUUCAGUACCGUGGUGUUGCGCUUUCGCAAAAAGGUUAGCCUAAUCCAGCUGUCGAGCCAGGGUUUGGCGUAAAAGCCUCUCCGUGAAGACGUACUCCUAAGCCCAAGCAUUCCCUUAUCCCUUCACAUUCCCUGACCGAACCAUUAUUAUAUUCAUGAUUUUGAGGGGGGUGUUCUAAAUAUGCACUAUGAGUUCCCAAUAAAUGAAGGUUCUUGUUGAUAGUUUUUAGCCUCGUAGCAGCAGCAGCGGUGUCCUUGACAUUCCGCUUGAUUGCUUCAUAUAAAUCUAAACUAACUUGAAACUGUACCAGCACGAACACCGUGAGUCAUCCGGUAUCUGGCAUGGCACGCCCCACACUUCCUCACACUUUAUCAGAGCACACGUAACACUGUGGCCCUGACUUACUGAGCGCCAGGGCAUUGAACAGGUGUGGCCGUGUUUCAGUCACUGCUGAUACAUGCUUCAGUGCUUUCAUAGCAUUGGCAAAAAAAAACUCCCCUGAGCUAAGCUACAUCUCUCUGGGCGGGGGCGUCUUUUAAAGCUGCUUUUUGACUUGCUGGUCCCAGGGCGGGGGAGGUAGGCUGGGAGGGAGAGCCCUGAGCGGGUCACCUGGAAGUCGGUUGUGAGGUGGGCUAGGAGGGAGAGACAGGUCAGCUGGUAGCCGUCUGUUCCCCCCCCCCCCCCCCCCCCCCAUGACCCUGGUCCUCCUACCUAGUCCUUCUCUGUCCACUGUGCCUCUUCAUGUUCCAUCACCUUGUUUUUAUAUGCUAUAUAAUAUUAUACUUGAGUCUAUUAUUUAUGUUUGUUUUCUAUUUGUUUAAUGUAAAUUAAUGUUAUUUUUCCUUUUUAUUUGGUUCAAGUUGAGGGUGGGGUCAGGAGGUGACCUCCUCAGAAGGACGUGCUGGUCGGAAGCGGGGAAAGCAAAGAAAGAGUUCUGAAACGGUUCUGAGGAAGUUUGAAUUAAGGAUGGCGUCUGAUUUGUCGGCUAGGUUGACGAAUGGGGAAGUAGGGAGGUGUAAGAUUGGUGAGGGAGAGGACUGCGUCACACACAUUGGCUGGUCUGAGAUUAGAUGUGUAUAAUAAAGUGUUAAAAUCAAUGUUGUAAACAUUAAAAUAUUCCAGGUGGGUUGGGCUGGUAAACACUUGAGAUGUGUCCUGGUAAUGAACUGGAGCAUUGAUAAUUGAAUCGUCGUAUUGAUCUUCCUGGAUCCUUGACUCCGGUUCUUCUCUACUCCCUUUUAUACACACUGGUGCCAAAGCAAAAGAAAGCAUAAAAAGCACUGCAUUGUGCUUGACGGUUGUCCCUUAGUGUUUGUUUUUUAAAUGGAGAUGUCACCAGCUGACACUGGGGCCUUUGUCCGGGAGUCCGUCGGAGCCAGGCCACGCUCGGUCUGAUGCGGUCACUGUCCCGGGGCCCCACCAACAACCCCCCCACUGCAGGGAGGGUCUGAACAGCACAUCUGUAAUCCGACCUCAUCCAGGACAUUUCCCUGGUUUCAGAUCACUUGUGUGUUGGGAUAUUGGCUCCAAGAAUCCCGACUCAGGUCCGUGUGAAUUGGUGACCUCCAGGAGACUUUCUAUGCAAGGUCGAGCUCGUCCACCCUGCCAUGUCUCGCUGGCUGUCAUUAAAACGUAUUUUUUAAUACAGGAGCUGAGCGGUGUGGUCGCCUCAUGCAGGCGAUCCCUGUAGCUGUUGAUGGUGCAGUCUUUAUUUGACAUACUGGAGUUCUCUGUGUGUGCGUCACUUGAAGUCUUCACUACUCUGCGGUGGUGGAGCUCAUUGUCUUGGUGGCUGAGGCGAGUGUCCCCUUGUUUAUUGUGCUUUGCUGUGCGAACGCGAGGUGCUCGGUUUACACACGUCGGGUCAUUGUCAAGAACUGGAGCACCAGCGGUGAUGUCACUCUUGGUGAUGUCAUCCCACAUUCCUGUUAAUGAGGUGCUGUUUUGCGCGUUCAGGGAAAAUAAACAAAGGCAACUUCUGAGUUGCAACUCAACUCGGUGCGAAGCACAAGAAAAAUUUUAAUUAUUAGAGGAAUGUGUAUAUUCUGAAUUUUGUUCUUAUGUUUAUUUGUUCAAGUAUACAUAUUGAUUUGAUAUUAAACAUUGAUUUUAAGAAAAAAGUAUAUCAAAUCUACUGUUUGAUGGACCACCAGCUUAAAAGGGUAGCUUCUUUGGACAUGAAGUAGCUAACCGAAAAGCCAAUAAAAUAUUUUAUUAGAACUUCUAAGUCGUGUCCUGGUGUUCUUUGUUACUCUGAACUGAUUUAUGAAGGACAUGAAUGUUUUUGAAACAUUGAUGGGCUCAACUUUAUUUUCACUGUGCAACACUGCUGCCAAGAGAGUCCCUGCAGACAUACUCCAAUCUCUCAAUUACAAUUGUCAAUAUAGUUGCAAGCAACCAUGAAGGGGUCCUAACCCUAGAGCCUACGUGAUUUUUAAGCAAUGCUAGAGCUGUUUAAACCUCAGAGAUAUGCAUACAUUUCAUUUUAAAAUGUAUAUCUCUGCCGUCUUUGGCCUCAUUGCUAUGAAUUUAACACUGUAUAGUCCCACACUCACCUGGUACAUGUGUGCCGCGUUUGCAGCUUUUACCACCUUCGGCGCCAAUGGCGUUAAUGUGUUUUGUCAAGUUGUCACUGCACUAUAUCCAAAUGGUCUGACCGUAUGGGUUGCAGCGUGAAAGUUGUUCAUUAUGACUAAUGGUGCAUGUCUAACAAGUUUCAUACAUAUGUCACUUUCCUAGUGGAAAUGGCAGCCUGUUGAGUACGUUUCACUCAAAGGGUUGUUAUAGCGCCACCUAUAGUUCAUUCAGUCCAUCCUUGUUAUCCCUCACUUAUUACACGAGUUCUACAAGCCUGCCAAUUUUCAGAACUUUUGACCAUGUCGUUUUUGAGAUAUGGCCGAUUGUCAGGAAAAAAUAAUACCAACGAUUAGAAUAUUGUUCCUACGGAUUUCGUAGGACCCCUAAAUAUAGCUUCUGACCUCAGACUGAGCAGUUCAUCGAUUAACAUUCCAGAAUCGAUUUAUUUUGAUACAAACAAGCUUUAUACAUGUUAAGCCUUGGUCUUAAAAGACGUUACAGGCCCCAACCCUGUACAUCCUAUUAGGAUUGACUUAAGGGCUUAACAGCGGGUAAACAUUAAUGGAAUGGUUUCAAGUAUGGUACAUUUAGUCAAAUAAGCUUUUCAGUUGUGCAUAAAAGCAAUGCUUGCUAACAGAAUUCACCAUCCGAUUGAUUUAACAAUUGAGUCAAUUUUUGGCUACAUUAAUGUUAUUAAAGGCGUAGUUCGGAAUUUUGGACAUGGGGCCUGAUUCCCAAGUUAGCCUUGGUGUUCUUUAUUAUUAGAGACCGUUUAACACAUUUCAUUCAGUCCUUCUAGUUGCAGUUUGCUUGUGCUAAGCUAGCGCACGGCAAUGGGCAAUACUAGCCUGCUAAUAA